AUGAGUUCGCCGACUUCCAAGGGAGGCAGAGGCAAGCCUAAAGCUUCCAAAUCCGUGUCCAGGUCUCACAAGGCUGGCCUCCAAUUUCCAGUUGGCCGUAUCGCUCGAUUCCUUAAGUCCGGCAAGUACGCCGAGCGAGUUGGUGCCGGCGCUCCGGUCUAUCUCUCUGCCGUUCUCGAGUAUCUCGCUGCUGAGGUACUUGAGCUUGCUGGCAAUGCGGCCAGGGACAACAAGAAGAAUCGAAUUGUUCCAAGGCAUAUUCAGCUGGCUGUGCGUAACGACGAGGAGUUGAGCAAGCUUUUGGGGACCGUUACUAUUGCUAAUGGCGGUGUUUUGCCGAACAUUCAUCAGACUCUGUUGCCGAAGAAGAUUGGGACGAUGACUUUCGGCGAGCAAAACACGUUUCCGGAGUCGUUUGGGCUUCUCGACCAAGCUUUCCAGGCCGGCAUCAAUUUCUUCGACUCUGCAGAAAUGUAUCCAGUGGUUCAGCGAGCCCAGACUCAGGGGAGGAGCGAGGAGUACCUUGGCCGUUGGAUUAGAGAGCGCAGAGUUCCUCGAAACAGCGUCGUUUUGGCCACCAAGGUUACGGGACCGUCUGGGCAGAUGACUUGGAUACGAGAUGGCCCCAAGUGUUUGAAUGCUAAGAAUAUCACCGAGGCCAUUGACGGCAGCUUAAGGCGAUUGCAGACAGAUUACAUUGAUCUUUAUCAGAUUCAUUGGCCUGAUCGCUAUGUUCCCAUGUUUGGAGAGAUUGAGUAUGAUCCAACCCGACAGCUUUGUGCGAUUCCUAUAGACGAACAACUUGAUGCUCUUGGAAGAGCUGUUGAUUCUGGCAAGAUUAGAUAUGUUGGUCUUAGUAAUGAAACACCAUAUGGGGUGAUGAAGUUUGUUCAGGUAGCUGAAAGGGGUACUCGCCAUCCAAAGAUUGUCUCUGUGCAGAACUCAUACAGCUUGCUCUGUCGAACUUUUGAUUUUGGGUUGGCUGAAUGCUGUCAUCAUGAGAGGAUCAGUUUAUUAGCCUACAGCCCCCUUGCAAUGGGUAUACUCUCUGGGAAGUAUUUUUUGCCUGAUGGGGGUCCUGCAGAUGCUCGGUUGAAUAUUUUUAGAGGUAAAUAUUCGGAAGGGGAAUCCAGAUACAACCUGUCUGAUCACAUCAUAAGAGCAGCGGCCAUGGAAUACAUUGAUAUUGCAGGGAAGUACAGUGUUCACCCGGUAUCUCUUGCAAUAGCUUUUGUUUUGAGCCACCCCCUUGUUGCGAGUGUUGUGUUUGGAGCAACCAAGUCAUGGCAACUGCAGGAGGUUCUAGAUGGAUGCAAGGUCGAGUUGACACCUGAAUUAAUGAUGGAGGAUAUUGGUCCAGAAAGUUGCUCAGAAUCUUGUAGGAUUUUUGUCUGUCUAGAUAUGAUGGUGAUUCCUCCUUCCAAGCAUCCUGUAACUUAA